UCGCCGCUGGCCCGGCCCCGCGAGUUCCCACCCCGUAUCUUGCAAACAGCAGUCUAGAUGAUGAGUAGAAUCCGCACCCCCGUUUUACCAGCUAGGAAAUCGGGGCCUUAAAGAGCGUGCCCAAGGUCACACAGUGUGUCAGAGCCAGAGCCGUUCUUCAAAACCCAUGCCCCCUCCUCCUGAGCCGGCUCGGAGCCAGCGCAUCCAGUUUUCGCAAGUUCAGUAACAACCUCCCCGUACCUCAGUUUCCCCAGGAGGUCCUGCUGUUCUCCAAGGUUGUUGGCAAUGAAGGGGAUGGACUGAAAGCCCAGGGAGAGGUGGCGAUGAUUCUAACACAAAGUACGUGUGUAAUAAAUAACACUAUUAUCUGUCUCCUAUAGGAGCUGGGGACAGGAGGCAGGCAUGGUCAGACCCAUUUCCGUGACAGGAGCACAGAGACGGGCAGUGUCCCUGGCCAAGGCAUUCAGCCAGUAAAAGCAGCCAAGCUGGAGCCUAAAGCCAGGGGCCCUGACGCCCAGCGGGGGGCUCCCUGCACCAAUCAUGAGUCGCCUGCUCUGGAAGAAGGUGGCCGGCGCCAUGGCCCCCGGGCCGGUUCCAGCACCAGGGCGCUGGGGCUCCAGCUCCGGCCCCGGCUCCGGCCCCAACGACGGGCCGCCGCGGCCUCCAGUGCCAUCCUCCGAGGGCGCGCAGCCGCGGUACAACCCAUUGCACAUCCAGAUGCUCUCCAGAGGGCUGCACGCGCAGAUCUUCGGGCGCACCGGGGAGAUGCCCGGCGAGGCCGCGGUGCGCCGCAGCGUCGAGCACCUGCAGAGGCACGGGCUCUGGGGGCAGCCAGCCGUGCCCUUGCCCGACGUGGAGCUGUGCCUGCCGCCCCUCUACGGGGGCGACCUGGACCAGCACUUCCGCCUCCUGGCCCAGAAGCAGAGCCUGCCCUACCUGGAGGCGGCCGACUCGCUGUUGCAGGCCCAGCUGCCCCCGCGGCCCCAGAGCUGGGCCUGGGCGGAGGGCUGGACCCGCUACGGCCCCGAGGGGGAGGCCGAACCCGUGGCCAUCCCCGAGGAGCGGGCCCUGGUGUUCGACGUCGAGGUCUGCUUGGCAGAGGGAACUUGCCCCACAUUGGCGGUGGCCAUANUCCCAUCUCUCAGGUAUUCUUGGUGCAGCCGGCGGCUGGUGGCAGAGCGUUACUCUUGGACCAGCCAGCUGUCGCCGGCUGACCUCAUUCCCCUGGAGAUCCCUGCCCGUGGCGGCAGCCCCACCCCGAAGGGUCGGCAAGAGCAGCUGGUGGUGGGGCACAACGUGUCCUUUGACCGCGCCCACAUCAGGGAGCAGUAUCUGAUCCAGGGUUCCCGCAUGCGCUUCCUGGACACCAUGAGCAUGCACAUGGCUAUCGCGGGGCUGAGCGGCUUCCAGCGCAGCCUGUGGAUGGCGGCCAAGCAGGGCAGGCACAAGGCCCGGCCUCCCCCGCAGAGAGGCCCCAAGUGCCAGCCCAAAGCCCGAGGCCCAGCGAUUUCCUCCUGGGAUUGGCUGGACAUCAGCAGCAUUAACAACCUGGCGGACGUGCACAGCCUCUAUGUUGGGGGCCCCCCCCUGGAGAAGGAGCCCAGAGAAUUGUUCGUCAAGGGCAGUAUGAAGGACGUCCGGGAGAACUUCCAGGCCCUGAUGCGGUACUGCGCCCAGGACGUGUGGGCCACCUAUGAGGUUUUCCUCCAGCAGCUGCCACUCUUCUUGGAGAGGUGUCCCCACCCAGUAACUUUGGCCGGCAUGCUGGAGAUGGGUGUCUCCUACCUGCCCGUCAACCAGAACUGGGAGCGGUACUUGGUGGAGGCCCACAGCACCUAUGAGGAGCUCCAGCGGGAGAUGAAGAAGUCGCUGAUGGAUCUGGCUAAUGAUGCCUGCCAGCUGCUUGUCGGAGAGAGGUACAAGGAGGACCCCUGGCUCUGGGACCUGGAGUGGGACCUGCAAGAAUUUAAGCAGAAGAAAGCAAAGAAGGUGAAGCAGAAGGAGCCAGCCGAAGCCAGCCAGUUGCCCAUCCAGGGGGCCGUGGCCCCUGAGGAUCAGGAAGACCCCGGCCCCCCCAGUGAGGAGGAGGAGUUACACCGAGACGCCACUGCACUGGCCCGCCUGCGCCAGCUGCAAGCAACCACAGAGCUCCUGCCCAAGCGGCCGCAGCACCUUCCGGGACACCCUGGGUGGUACCGGAAGCUGUGCCCUCGGCUAGACGACCCCGAGUGGGGCCCAGGCCCCAGCCUCCUCAGCCUGCAGAUGCGGGUCACGCCCAAACUCAUGGCCCUGACCUGGGAUGGCUUCCCACUGCACUACGCGGAGCAGCAUGGCUGGGGCUACCUGGUGCCCGGGCGGCGGGACAACCUGGCUAAGGUGCCGGUGGGCACCACCCUAGCAUCACCUGGGGUGGCCUGCCCUCACAGAGCCAUCGAGUCCCUGUACAGGAAGCACUGCCUGCACCAGGGGAGGCAGCGGCCGCAGCCCCAGCGGGCAGGCCUGGCUGAGGAGCUCCUGCUUUCCGACAGCACCAUGUGGCAGGCGGUGGAAGAACUGGGCUGCUUAGAACUGGAGGCCGAAGUGAAAAUGGAAAACUUUCGAGCAGUCCUGCCAGGUCCCUCCCUGGCUCUGACUGCCCCUGGUGACUCCAAAGCUAGCCAGCCCUCCUAUCACCAUGGCAACGGGCCCUACAAUGAUGUGGAUGUCCCUGGCUGCUGGUUCUUCAAGCUGCCUCACAAGGAUGGUAACAGCUGUAACGUGGGAAGCCCCUUUGCCAAGGACUUUCUGCCCAAGAUGGAAGAUGGCACCUUGCAGGCUGGCCCAGGAGGUGCCAGUGGGCCCCGCGCCCUGGAAAUCAACAAGAUGAUCUCUUUCUGGAGAAAUGCCCAUAAACGUAUCAGCUCCCAGAUGGUGGUGUGGCUGCCCAGGUCAGUUCUGCCGCGGACUGUGACCAGGCACCCAGCCUAUGAGGAGGAAGCGCGCUAUGGGGCCAUCCUGCCCCAGGUGGUGACCGCAGGCACUAUCACCCGCCGUGCUGUGGAGCCCACGUGGCUCACGGCCAGCAAUGCCCGGCCUGACAGAGUGGGCAGCGAGUUGAAGGCCAUGGUGCAGGCCCCACCCGGCUACGUCUUUGUGGGUGCUGACGUGGACUCCCAGGAGCUGUGGAUCGCGGCUGUGCUGGGGGACGCCCACUUUGCUGGCAUGCACGGCUGCACGGCCUUCGGGUGGAUGACGCUGCAGGGCAGGAAGAGCAGGGGCACGGAUCUGCACAGCAAGACAGCUGCCACCGUGGGCAUCAGCCGGGAGCACGCCAAGAUCUUCAACUAUGGCCGCAUCUAUGGGGCAGGGCAGCCCUUUGCUGAGCGCCUCCUACUGCAGUUCAACCACCGGCUCACACAGCAAGAGGCUGCUGAGAAGGCCCAGCAGAUGUACGCUGUCACCAAGGGCCUCCGCCGGUAUCGGCUGUCAGAGGAGGGUGAGUGGCUGGUGAAGGAGCUGGACCUCCCCGUGGACAGGACUGAGGAUGGCUGGGUUUCCCUGGAGGAUCUACGUAAGAUCAAGAGAGAAGCUUUACGGAAGUCGCGUUGGAAGAAGUGGGAGGUGGUUGCUGAGCGGGCAUGGAUGGGGGGCACCGAGUCGGAGAUGUUCAAUAAGCUGGAGAGCAUCGCCACGUCUGACGCGCCCAGCACCCCAGUGCUGGGCUGCCGCGUCAGCCGAGCCCUGGAGCCCUCUGCUGUCCGGGGGGAGUUUAUGACCAGCCGCGUGAACUGGGUGGUGCAGAGCUCCGCGGUGGACUACCUACACCUCAUGCUGGUGGCCAUGAAGUGGCUGUUGGAGGAGUUUGCCAUUGACGGGCGGUUCUGCAUCAGCAUCCACGAUGAGGUCCGCUACCUGGUGCGGGAGGAGGACCGCUACCGUGCUGCCCUGGCCCUGCAGAUCACCAACCUGCUGACCAGGUGCAUGUUUGCCUACAAGCUGGGGCUGAACGACCUGCCCCAGUCAGUGGCCUUUUUCAGUACAGUCGAUAUCGACCAGUGCCUCAGGAAAGAAGUGACCAUGGAUUGUAAAACCCCUUCCAACCCCACAGGAAUGGAACAGAGAUACGGGAUCCCCCAGGGUGAAGCACUGGACAUCUACCAGAUAAUUGAACGCACCAAAGGCUCCCUGGGCAGGUGAAGGCAGCCUGCACAUGGCUGCCGGAGGCUCGGCGUUGCUCCCGUGGAACUCAGGCUUUUCAGCUGUGCUUGUGGGACAGAGGCGGCUUGCCUCAGGCCAGCGUUUUAG